ACAGCCACCGACCAAUCAGAAAGCUGCUAAAAGCCUAGCUAGCAUGCUAUUGUCCCGCCCAGAGAGUCACAUCAUCGUAUGAGCAAAACACAGCACACAAGUACGGGUUGAAUAGUGAACAUUAUUAUAUAUUUGGAUAUAUUCUUAUUUUUCAGGUCCUUGCUGCAGUUUAAUGGGUUCACGAUAACAUCUUGGAGAGCAGAGCCCGUUCAGUACCAUGGCCCUUGCUGAGGAGCAGCCCGAGAAACACUGUUGGGUGUGUUUUGCCACUGAGAGAGACGACUACAGUGCAGAGUGGGUGAGCCCCUGCAGGUGUAAAGGCUGCACUAAAUGGAUCCACCAGUCCUGUCUGCAGCGCUGGCUGGACGAGAAGCAGAAGGGAAACAGUGGAGGAGCAGUCAACUGUCCACAAUGUGGCACUGAAUACCAUAUCAACUUCCCCAAGAUGGGCCCGUUGGUGUAUUUCCUCCAGCAGGUAGACAGAGCUCUGUCACGGGUCAGUCCCUUCGCUGCUGUCGGGGUGGUGGUCGGCUCUGUCUACUGGUCGGCUGUCACAUACGGAGCUGUGACUGUCAUGCAGGUUGUGGGACAUAAGAAGGGUCUGUAUGUGAUGGAGCGAGCCGACCCUCUGUUCCUGUUGAUGGGGCUGCCCACCAUUCCUGUUCUGCUGGUCCUGGGAAAGAUGAUCCGCUGGGAGGAUUAUAUAGUGAGGCUGUGGCAGAGAUACUCCUACAAAGGGAAGCUCCCGCCAGGUACCAGCCGUUAUCUGCCCCGUGUCCCUGUUGACGGGCCCAGUGCAGGAGAUCACCUCUCUGUGUCCAGGACUCUGUGUGGAGCUCUCAUCUUUCCCUCCAUCGCCAGUCUGGUGGGAAGGCUGCUGUUCAGGCGGAUGCCCUCUAAUCUUCAACGCACUAUACUGGGAGGCAUCGCGUUUGUGCUGAUCAAGGGAGUGAUGAAGGUGUAUUUCAAGCAGCAGCAGUACAUCAUUCAGGCCAACCGGCACAUCCUCAACUACCCAGAAAGAAACGGAGACGGACAGAAUGAAGGUGCAGAUGAGGACACAGAGGACAGUGGGAAUGAAUAGUUCUGCUAACUUGGAAAGAGGCCAGCAAAGGAAGCCUGUGGGGCAGGAAGGGAGCCAGACUAAAAUGUAUUACAAUAAAACAAUGCAGAACAUUGAUCUUUUAAACUAAGGUGAGUGCUCAUGUAGAUGAGGAGGAGGAGGAAGGUUUUUGUAAGCGGUGGUUUGUCUGUUAAAAAGGAGUUAGCUUGAUCUGCCUUCAUUGGAACUGUUAAUAACCAGAACUCUUAUCGAGCCGAAGGAACCUUUUACUUUGUAAGAAGUCUCCAACAUCUGUGUUAAACACAUCUAAGCGGCCAAAUCUCAGAUUACAAAAUGACUACCUACUUCUCACUACUAGUACUAACACUGUAGUAGAUACUGGUGGCCACUUCUGUCCCUCUCAGCCGUUCAUUCUAGUCUCGACGACAACAUACUUGAAGAUAUUUAUAAAAAAUGGUGUGUUGCCUUAUCUUUUAAUGAGGUCAACUUUCUGCAUUUAUCUGACUUCUUAAACGUCUUGUAUACGAGAAACCCGGUCGAAUUAUUGGGGUGGGGAUUUAGAAGAUUUCUCCUGGAGGCUUUUUUUACACAUGAGCGUGUGCAGGACAAAGACUUCAGACGGGGAAAGUAACUGUGACAGCAGAGCGGCUGAACGAAAGGAAAGAUCAUUAUUGUCAUUACACGUAGAGAAACAUCCUCGUAUUCAAAAUAAUUCCAUCCAAAGUCCGACGGGCUUCCACCACUGAACUUUUGACUAUUUGUUAAAUUCACACACAUACAGACACAUUCGACAACAGAGUCUGUCCUCCGACACACACACACAAACAAAUGCACACACACCAAAAUAAGUAAUUCUUCCAAAAUAAGGUCAGGGGAAGGAGAGAAAUCUCACCACUGAUCUGCAUGUAUUCAGAUUUACAGUAACCAGGUCACUACAGUAGUGAUAUUCUGAUUACCUGCGUAACCUGAUUCCUCUGCGUUACCUGGUAUCUGGAGCCUGAAAUGAACGGUCAAACACAGAUAGAUGUUGUGUUCAUUAUUCCACAUCAUUCUCACUUACCACUCAUCACCUUGACCCAGUGCAUAUUAAUGUCUUCCUUUUACGUGCCUUAUUUGAAGCACUUUUCCACAACAAAACAAGCUUUACAAAGUCACUUGUCCUGGACUGUAACAUGAGACAGACUUGCAGACAUAAUUCACUGUCUGCUGACGUUUCCCAGUUUGUAGCGCCCUCAGUAAUCAUUAUUGGAUAGUUUUCCUUGACGCAUCUAAAGCUGGUUUAUUUCAUUAAGAUUUUUUGAUCUAAUUGAUAAAAAAAUUGCCCCCUGACUAUUUUCCUACUAACCAGAUAUUUAAAUACUUGGUUGGACUCUAAAUGUACUGACUUUGUUCUGAGUUUUUGCCUGCUUGAUAAAAGGGCGGUGCUGCUGUUCACAAACACAAUCAGUGACCUACUGUAUUAUGAACUUUGAUCCUUGUUAUUUGAUGCAACUGACGUAACUUAAGGAACUUUUAACACUCACACACAGUUCACAUGGUCUUCCUGACAGUAUGGGUUGUGAUAUUUUUAAUUUUUAAAUAUAUUUUGAACUGCUGAAUCACAGUUGCUUGCAGACUGAGGUAUUUGAUGCUUUAGGGAUACGGCCAGUGGGAUGUGAAAUGCUCCCACAGCUCCCAGUACUAACAGGAGACUCAAACCAAAGCAUUUCAUAGUUGUAUUGUACACGAUGAGUCGAGGUUGUGGUUCUUGAGCGAUUGUUUUCACUUGUUGCACUUCACCUCUUACGGAACAGCUAAAGCAGAGUUUCAGAGUUGUUUAGACUAUGUUCAGUAAAAAUAAUUUAAGUUUGAGGUUUAUUAUUGGUUUGGAGCGCUUCAUGCUUCUGAAAGUAAAGCAAUGUGCCAUGAUCAAAUCAAUUUCUGAUUUGGGUUAAAAACAAAAAAGGCGUAAUUGGUCAUCAUAAGGCUGAUUAAGUUUAUUAGAAAUUAUUUCGUUUUCUUUGAAAAUUGUGUCCCCUGCUUUUGCUAAAUGAACAUGCUCUGGGACUUUAAUUGCACAUUUUCCAUUUAGUCAUUAUGUAUAUUAAAAGAAACUCUUAUUUUAUGUCUUGGUGGAUGAUUUGUUUAAUAAAGCUCUUUGUAAAACAAG